AAUAUUUUUAAUAAUAUUGCUAUGAAGCGUUUAAAGUUAAAGAGAAAGCAUUUAUGGAAGUUUUACGUAUUUCCUUUGAUAUUCUUUACAACAGCGACAUGUUAUCCAACAACAAAACCUGAUCUAGAUACACCUGAGGCACGGGACGAGAAACAUUUUCCUAAUGGAACAGUAAUUGGUAGAUAUACGUAUAUGGACAAUGAUGGUAAUCCUAUCCAAGUGAAGUACUACGCUGAUGACGCGAGCUAUGGGGUUGAAUUAAAAAGCAUUAAAGUUGUAGAUUCAGAGCAUGCACCAUCGCAACAACCUACAAAGGUUCAUAGCGCUCAUAUUGCUCAAAAAGAUCAUCAUGCUCAAAAUUCUCAAAAAAAUCCAAACAGAUUUGAUUAUACUUUAUUCAAAAGUACGGAUCCUGAUACAAAAAUGUCUACAGAUUUGAACCCUAAUUAUCCCAUUGUACAGUCUGGAUAUCCACAAGGAUACCAAUAUCAACCUGGAUAUCCGACGGGAUACCAAUCUGGAUAUCCAACGGGAUUACAAACUGGAUAUCCGACGGCAUAUCCAACGGGAUAUUCAACUCAAAAUCCUACUGGAUACAAGUACAAAAAUGACCCAAUCGACUUUUUGAAAGAAUUGAAUAAAGGUAAUCAUUAUAAAGUCGAAAAAGAUAAACCAAAUCCUGACUAUGAUGUAUACUUUCAAAAUGAAUUAAGAGGAGCUAAGAAAUGUAGUAAGCAAAAAGUCAGAGUGUACUAUGAUGGGAAUGACGCAAAUAGGAAACUUCGUAGUGCAGUUAAUACAUAUAAUGACGCUAAUAAGUUUUGUGAGCAGUUCUAG